AUGUCUGACCGUAAGGAAGAUAAGGAGCAGAGCCCUGAAGAUGAAAAACGGAGGAAGGGUCUUCUGUCCAAGGUAAAUCUCUCCACGCAGAUAAAAAUCAUAACCAUAUCUGACCUAAGGAAGGAAUGGCAGCAACGGUCUUCGGAGCACUUGGAGAAACAGAAGCUCAAUCCAUUUAGUGAUGACUUUGACCACCAGCAUGCCAUGAACGUCCGUCUCCGCAAGGGGGAUGAUGGCUAUGGAAGACCAGAGGAAGGUAGUAAAACAGAGCAAAGGGGCAAGAGGGCUUUUCAGCACAUCCACAAGGAGAUUGAUGAAAUGUGCCUCAUCGUAAGAGACAUAGGGGUGAGAGGCAGAGAUGGCCGGAUCAGAGUAACAUUUGGGAGACUGUUUGAAAGAUAUGUGCGGAUCUCGGACAAGGUGGUUGGGAUCCUCCUGAGGGCUCGGAAGCAUGGACGACUGGACUUUGAAGGAGAAAUGCUGUGGCAGGGAGUCCAUGAUAACGUUAUCAUCACUCUGCUCGAGCAAGAUUGACAAACAAAAUGAAUGAAGAAUAACGUGGCUUCUAUGUCUGUGAUCACAUUCAUUUAUUAGUUAUUGUAUGACAUGAAAGGAUCAUUAAAGGAACACUCCAGACAAACCUGGGGGCGGUGCAUGACACAAAUAUUAAAAGAAGAGCAAAGUAGAAUCAUGCUGCGGCGAUUCAGACUCUGCACUAUGCAUGAAGUAUAUGAGGGUUUAAGGAGAGACCUAUAUCCUUCGCACAGCACAAUUAAAGGGGUUAUGCCAUGAUUGAUUUAAAAAAAUGAA